UCCAAAUCAAACACACAGCCCCAUCCUUCCCCAUCUUUCCCAGUCACCCCAAAGCCUGACUCAUUCCUUGCCCCCUCCAAGCCCAACUGCUCUAAAAUAAUUCCACUCAUAAUCCUCCUCUUCCUGGCUUUCCCGCUAAACUAUAAAGAGAGAAUCUCAUCUUUGCUUGGCUAGCAAACAGAAAUGCAAAGGUUUUGAGGAAUGUGAAGAUGGAAAAGUGGAGCUUAACAGAGUAGAGGAACUGGAGAUGAAGAUGAGAAGGCUAGAGCCGGUGGUUGGGAUAUUGGAGAGAAUAGAAGAAAGUGGGAUGAAAGAAUCUUUAGAGGAGGUUGCGAUGGAGGUUUUAGAGCAAAUGAAGAAAGGAAGUAGAGAAGAAUUGGAGGAAGAGAUUGAGAGAGUGAAGGAAAGCGUUGAGGUGUUAAGAAGUGAAAUAGUUUCUGGGAAAGAAUUUAAUGAUACUAAGAAUAAGCUUAUUUUGUUACAAUCUGAGUUUACAGAUUGAAGGAAUAAAGUUGAUGAAAUUGAGGGUCAAUUACAUGAUGCAAGAAUACAAAUGACUGAUUCAGUUCCUCUCAAAACUUUUAAACGGGAGAUAGAAUCCCUUCGGUUUUCUUUACGAAGAAUUGGAGCUGUAGAACACCAACUUACUAAACUAUCAACAAUAAGUGAUGUUGAUAUAAUUAGAACAGAGUUAGAAAAGAAUUCCAUUAAUUUCAAUAAAUUCAAAGAUCAUAUUUAUGAAAAAUAUUAUACGAAGGAUAAAACAGAUGAAUUAGUGAAAACUUUGAACAAGAAUAAUGCAGAUAAACUCGAAAGCCUUGAUGAAAUUAGAACAAAAAAUGAGGACUUAAUGACCCAAAUUAACAAACAAAUCCACACAACCACAAAACAAAUGAAAUAAAGACCGAGAAAUAGUCCAAAAACUCUUCAACAAAUUCCAAACCCUCGCUACAAAAGAACAAAUUCAAAAAAUCGACGACCGAAUAGACCUCUACGCUUUAAAAUAAAGACCUGAAGCUCACAAAAUCCGACCUCCAGGCCACAAUCUCCACUCUCUCCCUCCAAACCCUCAAGACCCACCAAUCCCUCUCUCACAACCAAGAGAUCAUAGCCAGAUUUGACGAAAUAAUAACCCAAAAAGCAUCAAAAUUCUCCUUAGCCGAGCUCUCAGCCCAGCUGAGACAAGACUUCACCACUAAAGGCGAUGCUGAGAAGAUGGAACAGCAAGUGGAGAAAGUAGCAUUGGGGGUUAGCAAGGUGAAGGAACAGAUUGAAGAGUAUGUAAAUGAGAGACUGAUCAGUUCUAAGAAUGAAUUUAUUGAUCAAGUUUCAAAGAAGAUUACAAAGUCUUAUAAGAAAUUGAAAGAAGAUGUUAAAGUUAAGUAUAAAGAAGAGAAUAUCACCACAAAGCCUGAAAUUGAUAUGUUGCUAUCCAGUAAAGUUGAGAGAGAAGAACUCGUAAAAUGCCUUAAGACAAAGUUAAAUAUUGAAGAGCAUGAGCUUGCAGUUCAAGGACUAGAUACUCUUCAUAAGCAAAUUAAACACAUCUGUGUAAUAUUGGCUGAAUUUAUACGACAAGAAAUAUCAAAAUACAACAAAAAGUCAGACUCAAUUUUAGAAAACAAGAAGAAAAUAAUGACAGUAAUGGACCAAACAGUAGCUAUCUCAAAAUGGAUCGACAAAUUCAACCCCCAAGUCACCAAAGACCUCUCCUUCCCUCAAUCCCUCCAAAACUUCCAACACACAGUCCAAGAAAACCUUGACUCUCUCAAAAUAACUUCUCUCACCAGACCCUCAGAUCUCUCCCACAAAAAACCCCACAAACCCCAAAACUCCUAUUCUCAGUCCCCUUAUCUCCAUCUCCAGACCUCUCCGCCUCGCCGCCUUCCCAACCCCUUCACUAGCUCAACUUCCAAACCCUCCAAAAUCACCAAGAUCAAAAUUCCCUUCCACUCAAAUGCAUCCCACCACCACUCCUACCUAAAAAUCGAUCUGCCUUAUAACCUCAAGCCUCAAAGUCGCAACUUAACCCGGCUAAGCCGGGUUAAGGCUAACAGGACUUUUGAGCAGGAGGAAGAUAGGCUUAAUAGAGAGGAGUAGGUUCAUAGAAGAGAUUUUA